GCCGGCGCCGGCGCCGGGUAAGAGUUGCCUGAAGAAAACCAGCUGCGGCGAUGACGAGUAUGCCGACAAAGGCAAUGUAAAGUGGCUGGAUUUGCUCGGGAAAGAUCUGACAGAAAUUAAGGAGUACGAGCCAAGCAUUUCUACUUUGAAAGCAUUGGAGUAACUCGCAGCGAAUGCGGAGACUUGCUUGACGACGGAGACGGCAUCUCAACAUGUGUUUGCGUUAUCCAAUGAGUCAAGAAGAAUCCCGCUAAUCCUGAUGAGGAAAAAAAAAGGGUGGUUUGCAUCGACCAUGAUGUGUUCUUUCCAGUGGAGGGCCACUGGGCCAGGGUGUCUUGUUGUUACCUCCACGAGCUCCACCGAAGAUGCCCAAUCAGUUGUUGUGUGUAAUCCGGUCUCAUCAGUACAUGCCGCUAUAGAUGCUUCGUAGCCUAGCCGUAGGUUUGUAUCAGUUUGCCAGGUCUUUGUGUAGCUGGUUUUCAGAGUGGUGCAUUGGUUACUGGUUAGUGCAGACAGGAUAUGUUACCUUUUUGUAAAGCUUUUAUACUACUAGGAGAAACUUAGAGCUUAGUUCAAUCGCAUCUCGAGAUCUAAAUUGGAAAUACAGCAUCUUGUGUGAGGAACUGAAGAACACUAUGUCAGUGACACCGUGUGGUAAUUUCCAGCUUGCUGAUCUGGAACUGCAUUGGGCAGAACGGGCUCAAAGAUAGGCCUGAUAUGUCUUGGGCCGUAGAGCUGUUGGGCUUCAUACGUUACACAGAAUGGGCCGCAAUUGAGACAGGCCCAACAUAUGGCUGGGCCUUUUACUGAGGGGGAGAGAGAGGGAGACGUUGGCGCGGCGCGGCGAGAGUGCGAGACUGCUUAGCCCGAGGAGACGGGAGGAGAGGAGAGGAGAGGAGAGAAGCAGAACGAAGCUCGCAACCACGACGGAGAGGGAUGGCCUUCGGCGUCCUGCUCUCCCCGCCGCCCCUUCCGCUCCCGAGCGCCACCGGUACGGCCGCCUCGUACCUAAUCUUCGGCGGCCACGAUCGCCGCCGCCGCCGCCCGCUGGAGCACGGCUGCCGCUGCGGCCGCCCGCCGGAGACGGCGCUCGGCGGCAGCUCAGGCCGCCGCGGCUCAUACGGUGACGAGGUGGAGGAGGAGGAGGCUCCAGGUCCCCUCGGCCUCGACGGCAGCAGCAGGUCCUCCUCGGACUCGGACCGUCGGACGGGAAAUGCAAAACCAAGAUAUCAAGUAACUUUGAAAGAAGAGGACACACAGAAUGCAGGCCACGAGGGGUGGCAAUAUAGUACAGAAGGCCAUUCAAAGAGCAUGUCCAAGUCAAGAUACGUCAAAGUAUUUGGGGUUGAUCUGUCCCCUGAUAAUGUGGCUGUUGCUAUUGUUUAUUUCGUGCAAGGAGUUUUAGGCCUUUCCAGGCUUGCUGUCAGCUUCUACUUAAAAGACGAUCUUCAUCUUGAGCCAGCAGAGACUGCAGUUAUAUCUGGGUUCUCAGCCUUGCCGUGGUUGGUCAAGCCCCUCUAUGGCUUCAUCAGUGAUUCCAUCCCUCUCUUUGGAUAUCGAAGAAGGUCAUACCUAUUUCUAUCAGGCAUCCUUGGAGCACUUUCAUGGAGUUUGAUGGCCACCCUUGUGGAUGAUAAAUACAGUGCAGCACUCUCUAUUGUCCUUGGAUCGCUUGCAGUUGCCGUCUCUGAUGUUGUGGUUGAUUCUAUGGUGGUUGAGAGAGCUCGAGGUGAAUCACAGAGUACAUCUGGAUCUCUCCAGUCGCUAUGUUGGGGAUCCUCAGCCUUUGGAGGAGUUCUGAGUGCAUACUUCAGUGGUUCUUUAGUGGAUACUUAUGGCGUAAGAUUUGUUUUCGGUGUUACGGCACUUUUGCCACUGAUGACAUCUACUGUUGCAGUUCUUGUAAAUGAAGAUCGCUUAAGUUUGGAGGAAUGUUCAGUCUCACUUUCAGUUUCAAGUUCAGAAUUAAUUGAGAGCUCUAAGCAUCGUGUCAUGCAGAUUUGGAAUUCAGUAAAGCAACCCAGCAUAUUCCUACCCACCUUGUUCAUAUUCCUUUGGCAAGCAACACCGCAAUCAGACUCUGCCAUGUUUUUCUUCAUCACAAAUAAGCUCGGGUUUACUCCAGAAUUUCUAGGACGUGUUACGCUUGUUACAUCUGUUGCAUCCUUACUGGGUAUCGGAGUGUAUAAUUCAUUUUUGAAGGAAGUUCCAUUGAGGAAAAUCUUUCUAGUGACAACAGUUUUAGGCUCUGCUCUUGGAAUGACACAGGUUCUUCUUGUCACUGGGCUCAAUCGGAAGCUUGGCAUAAGCGACGAAUGGUUCUCCAUUGGGGAUUCUUUGAUUAUCACAGUCCUUGGUCAGGCUUCCUUUAUGCCUGUCCUGGUGUUGGCUGCAAAGUUGUGCCCUCCGGGAGUGGAAGCAACUUUAUUUGCCACUUUGAUGUCCAUUUCUAAUGCCGGAGGUGUUGCUGGCGGUCUUGUGGGCGCGGGUCUAACACAAUUACUGGGAGUCAGCAGAGACAACUUUGAAAACCUUGCCCUGCUGAUCGCGGUUUGCAAUCUCAGUUCCCUGCUACCUCUGCCUCUUCUGGGUCUCCUGCCAGAUGAAUCCCCUAAUGCAAAUGGUGCACAAACAGAAAAUGAUUGAUGUUUCUAUAUCUCCACGCGUCUUUACAAGAUGAAAGGGCAUAGAAUCAUCGGAACAAAUGGACAUCAGAUUGCUUUUGACUUUGGCAGUGCAACUGAUAACGUAAUAAUGCCUAAUAAGAACAUUGAAGUUGGCUGCUUUCCUGAAAUUUGUGUGCGCCACACCAUCACCAAUUCACCAUCUCUGGGAGCAACUAGCCAACUAUAUAUGUUGGACUAGGAAAGUUGGCUGGUCUCCUCGCCGAAAUCUGCAUGGCAGAAAGCAAUCAGCUGCUCAUGAGCAUGUGUGCCUGCAUUAGGAUCCAUCUACGUGUGCAGAUGGGCACUGAGAUCUGAGGCUCUGCAGAAUACAGGAUUAUUGGUUAUUAUAGUUUACUAAAUACGGAACGAAUUAAUCUGUUGUUCUGGCCUGGUCCUUUGUCUAGCCAAGCUUGUAACCCUCUAUAGUUUACAAAGAAAGAAAGGUUCCUGAAGAUGGCA